GACAUCCUCAAAGCGUACAACAACGUUCCGAUCAGGGACAGCCAUCUGAUCUUCAAUCGGAUUGCAGUGUGGAGCCCCACUCGCUUGGCAUUCUUCGCGUUCCAGUGUCUGGUGUGUGCCUUUGGGAACGUCCAUAGUGUGACCUGUUGGAUCCGCGUUUCUUGGGGCAUUCGGCUCAUUUUUCGCCGCAUGUUGUUCGCCUUGUUGGAACUCUACGUGGACGACUUCUCUGGCAUCGCUCCGGCUCGGCUUGCCCAAGAGCUCCUGGACUGCUUCAUCUUGUUCUUGGACACAUUGGGCAUGCCUUACGCCAAACGUAAGGUCAACAUUGGGGCAGACAUCGAGGUUCUGGGCCUUUUGUUCAACCUCUCGGGUAAGCCUUUCUUCCAGGUAUCUCGUGAUCGCGUCUUGCAAAUUGUUAAAGCAAUUGAUUCCAUCUUUGCAGAAGGACAACUUGCACCUGCGGCAGCGCGCAAGUUGCAAGGGAAACUGUUUUUCAUUUUCGUCUCUUUGGUGGAUCGUGCGGUCAAUCCCGUGCUGAGGCCGCUCAUUAAUCGAUCUGAGGAGCUUGAUGGCACGUUGGCGCUAACGCAUCGUCUAAAGCACUGCCUCGAGGUGGUGCGGUUCCUGGUCCAACAACCGAUGAAACGGUUUGCGAAAUUCUGCGGAGACCACAACGUUGGGAACGUCAUCUAUACCGAUGCGUCGUUCGCCAACGGCUGCGGAAUGCUUUCAGGUGUAAAGGUGGUCAUCUUGAAAGAUGGAAAGAUGAAGUUCUUGUGGUUUUCUUAUUCAGUUUCCAAAGAGGAGCUUCAUCCUUGUACAGGUCGUCAACCUAUAUCCUUUCUCGAGGCCAUCGCGCCAUCUCUUGCUGUUAGAAUUUUUGACAAUUUUGUGUCCAACUCUUUUCACACUUUUGCUGUCGAUAAUGAAGCGGCAAAAUCAUGUCUCCUUAAUCAAUCUUCACAGAAACCUCAUAUGGCCUUCUCGGCUUUCUUGUUCUGGUCAUCCAUUUCUUUGUGCGGGGGCAGCGCGUGGCUCUCACGCAUCCCCUCGGCACUGAACAUUGCUGAUAUUUUUAGUAGA